CUAGCUAGUAAAUAUGUGCACGUGUAGAGAAAUAAGUGAUAGUUGACGUUCAUUUAGCUUUCAAGCAACAUACUAAAAAUGUUUGCUGUUAUGUUGACUGUGAAAUCAAGUCGCUAAGAAGUGCUUCUAAUGGAUGUGUGUUUGUAGCAUGAGGCUAGCUGUGAGGCUAGCAACAUCAGGCUGUAUUGUUUAACAGUGUGAGUGUGCAGUCCUCCCUGCCAAGGAAGGAGAGGCACCAGGGACCAUGAGUGAGCAUGGCCCUCAUACAGAGGCGCAGAUGUACUUUGAGGUGGAGGUGGAUCCGCUGGGGCGGGACGACGACGAAGAGGAAGACAAGAUCCCAUUCGACAAAGAUGAUGACGACCUGAUCGCUGAACCUUCAUCGUCCUCUGGUCGGGUUUACGACCGCACCACGGUACUCAUUGAGCGGGACCCUAUUCGGCUAGAUGAGGAGGGCGAAGAGGAGGGCCACUGUGGAGGAGACGAUGAUGGGGUCACUUUCCUAACUGAAGGGGAAGGUGAUGGAGAUGAGGAGGAUGGCUCUCUGGCCUUUAUGUCAGACCCUGAUGGCAUGUCACAGGGUUAUGUGCACCACACCAUUUCUCCAGACCAGAUCCAGUUCACAAUAAAUCCAGGCUCCACCCGCAUGCCACGCAACAUAGAGGGGGCCACCCUCACCCUGCACUCCGAGUGCCCAGAGACCAAGAUGAGAGAGGUGAAGCGCUACCAGUGCAUGUUUGAAGGCUGUACCAGGACGUACAGCACGGCGGGAAACCUGCGAACACACCAGAAGACACACCGGGGCGAGUACACGUUCGUGUGUAAUCAACAGGGCUGUGGAAAGGCCUUCCUCACCUCCUACAGCCUCAAGAUCCAUGUCCGUGUUCACACCAAGGAGAAGCCGUUUGAGUGUGAUGUGCAAGGCUGUGAGAAGGCCUUUAACACGUUAUACAGACUAAAAGCACACCAGAGACUUCACACAGGCAAGACAUUCAACUGUGAUUCAGAGGGAUGCACAAAGUAUUUUACCACACUUAGCGACCUGAGGAAGCACAUUCGCACACACACUGGGGAGAAGCCAUUCCGGUGUGACCACGAUGGCUGUGGCAAAGCCUUUGCUGCAAGUCAUCACCUAAAAACACAUGUACGGACGCACACAGGGGAGAAGCCAUUCAACUGUCCGAGUGACGGCUGUGAGAAGGCUUUUAGCAGCCAGUACAGUUUGAAGAGUCACGUCCGGGGCCAUGACAAAGGACAGCCCUUCACCGUCACCCUCACCCAUCCGCUCUCUGAAGAUGCAAAUCACUCGCUGUGCCUCAGUGACUUGAGCCUCAUCUCUACAGACUCAGAGCUACGGGAGAACAUCCAUAAUGCUCAACAUUUGGACCUUAGCAGUGUCACCCCUGUGAAAAUCUUUGAGCUCAUGUUCCAGAGUCCUGAAAAUAGCGUCAGCCAAGAUGAUGCCCAUCCAAACGAGAGCCUUGCUGAAUCCUUCAGCCUAGAGACGCCUACCCAUCUAGGAGACGGAUCGUCUCUAAUAUCUUUCUCUCUCCAUCCUACCUGCUCAUCUUCCUGUUCCCACUCAACCGCAGCCUCGGAGGCUCCUUCCCGGCUCAGUCAGAGCUCUUCCUCUCAGGCCUCCACCUCUGUCUCUUUCACGGCUACUAUCAGCUCCACGCGGCCUCCCCCUUUCAUACAAGUAACCAGGCCUCAGCAGAUCUCCGAUGUGCCUGCCCAAGCCUCUGUCCAAGCACCAGACCAUGUCGCCCCCCAGCACUUCGUGGCACUGCCACCCACAUUCCUGCAGCCGGACAGUGCCACCCAGACCACUCCUCUACCACCAGACAUCUCCGCUCCUCCUCCUCCAGUGACUCCAGCACUGACCACCACAGCACCAGGCGCUGCUCCUGUGUCUGUUGUUGCAGCCACCGCAACAGACGCUGCUGUGGCAGCUGGGGCUCUACCUGUGCCUUUGGCCAACAACCCUGUCCCCAACUCUGGCCCUGGUUUGGCUACCACCCCUGCCACCAUCACCAUAGCUCCCACCCCGAACCUGCUGCAGCCCAGCCUGGUUAUGUCGGACCAGAACCUCCAGUGGAUCCUCAGCAACGCUGCCAACAGCCAGCAGAACCCAGAACAAGGAUCCCAUCAAGGAGCUCCAAAAGUGGAAAAACUUUUCUUCACUACAGCCAUACCAGUAGGAGGAAACGCUGGCAGCUCAGUCCAACAGAUCGGCCUCAGUCUGCCGGUCAUCAUCAUCAAACAGGAGGAAUCCUGCAUUUGUCAGUGUGCAUGCAGGGACGCUGCUAAAGACAAGAUUUCAAAGAGUGCCUCCUCCACGGUUUCAGCCCCAGCACAGCCACAACCACCAGAGCCCCCUCCUUUACCAACACCACCACCACCACCACCCCCAGAGCCUCCACAUCAUCCAGCCACCUCAUCUUCCUUAUGUGAGUCUUCCUCCAAGGAGGGUGAGCUGAGGCCGGAGGCCCCCUCUUCUUCUUCUACUACUACUACUUCUUCUUCUUCUCCUUCGUCCUCCUCAGCUCAGACUUUCUCCACGAUAGUGAGCAGCACUGCCACAAACCCUCCCUCGUCUGACGGGUUAGCCAACAUGUAUGUGUCGGACUUCCUCUCCAUGCAGAGCCCUGAGACGGCCGCCAACAUUGAGGCUCUGCUGCUGGUGGCUGAAGACUUCAGUAUGGCCCCUGAUGGCAAUCCUUAGAAGAGCUGCCUUCUGAGUCUGGCACCAUGUGUUCAUCUUUUUGCACCCACUCAUCCACAAGCAUCAAUUCCACCCACAUCUCGAGUCAUUCUCCACAGCCUCGCCUCUUCUUUCUCCCUAUAUAGCGUGUAUAUCAAACCCCCCCUGUACCUGCAGUGCAGUCUGUUCUGUAUGGCAUUUUGCAACAUAUAUAUAUACACAAACUAUGAAUACUUUUUUCUGUUGAGUCACAUUGCAGUAGUUGAGUUUUUAAAAACAGGAUUAUUUUGCUUAACGAGAUUUAGCAAUGUUAAUGCUAAUGAAUGCAGGGAAAAGGCAGUAGAUCCUUUUUGUUAUGAACAUAAUCAAACUGUAUAUAAUAACCUUCGAUAUCCACUCUGAAUUGAUCGAAUGAAACAAAUGAGUGUUGUCCAAGCACUGAUAACUUAAGAGUUCCAUUUUCCUUGAAGGUCAGACACCUUAGGAAAACAAAACUUGUCUGUAUAUCCUUGUACUGUACUACAGGUUCUAACAAAUGCUUAAAGCUGGUAUGCAACUGACCAGAAUGCACUGUAUAUUAGAGGAAUUUAAUUCUAACAGGCAUCGCUCCCUGUAGGAAUUAGAAGGGGUUGGCUGUCAUAUAAUAUGAAGUGAUUUCCUCAGUAUUUUUUGUUUUCUAGGAAGACCGGUGUAGUUCAGAAAAUGUGAUGAUUCUUUUUUUUUUACUUCUUUUUGAAAGUUAUUUACUAAUCGAGAAAAGAACCUGUGAUCUGACCUGCCUGUCUUUAAGUGAAAUUAAUACAUCAAUAAGUUGCCUAUAACUUAAAAACUAA